CUGAAUGAGGCCGUCCCAGAGACUGAGCUGCUGGACAACAGCAUCCAGAAAGGUCGAGCCCAGCUGUCUGUCAAGACACGUAGGCACCGCCCCUCACGGUCCCGUUACCGUGACAGCGUGAGCUCCACAGAGGGUGACGACACCUUGGACAGGAAGGACAGUCCAGUACAGUCCGCCCGCUCACCUUUACACCUGCCCAGGAGAGGUUCCUCUCCCACACCUGAUUUAUUGGUGUCAUCUCGAAGCCCCGCCUUCUCCUUUGACACCUCCUUGGUACGACGCUCUCCUGAGGAUGGAGGUGCGUCAUUGGUUACUCACCCUCGGGGGCGGUACACUCAGCUGACCAAUGCCACGUCUCAAGAGGCGCUGGUGACACCAAGCAGUUCACCAUCUAAAUCCUACCCCUCCUCCGACAGCUCACCUGUCUACAUGAGGAGGAACAGGAGGCCAGACAGCGAAGGUACACACCUGGAGACACACCAGAGAAACACCUGA